GUAGCCCCGCCCUCAUUACGGAUUGGCCGCGCUCCUGUAGCCCCGCCCUCAUUAUGGAUUGGCCGCGCUCCUGUAGCCCCGCCCUCAUUAUGGAUUGGCAGCGCUCCUGUAGCCCCGCCCUCAUUACGGAUUGGCUGCGCUCCUGUAGCCCCGCCUUACACAGUCUCACACGGAGCGCUACCUGCCCAGGGGAUUCGGUACUUGCGGCACCUACUGCCCAACAUGGGUCGCUCGUCGAAGGAUAAGAGGGACAUUUACUACCGGCUGGCCAAGGAGGAGGGCUGGAGGGCUCGCAGUGCAUUCAAACUGCUGCAGUUGGACGAGGAGUACCGUCUGUUCCAAGGGGUGCAGAGAGCGGUGGAUCUGUGCGCGGCCCCCGGGAGUUGGAGUCAGGUGCUGAGCAGGAAGCUCCGGGGCAGUGAGGAGCAGAGCGGGCAGGUGAAGAUUGUGGCAGUGGAUCUCCAGGCUAUGGCACCCCUCCCGGGGGUAAUUCAGAUUCAGGGGGACAUCACAAAGGUCUCCACUGCUCAUGAGAUCAUCCGACACUUUGAAGGCCAACCGGCUGAUCUGGUUGUUUGUGACGGCGCCCCCGAUGUGACCGGAUUACAUGACAUUGAUGAGUACAUCCAGGCGCAGCUCCUGCUGGCGGUAACUGAAAUUACCAUGCACGUAUUGAGAGACGGUGGCACUUUUGUGGCCAAGAUAUUCCGGGGCAAAGAUGUGACCCUGCUGUACUCCCAGCUGCAGAUCUUCUUCCGAGAGGUGACCUGCGCCAAGCCCCGGAGCAGCGCAACGUCUGCAUUGUAAGCAGU